UUAUUACGGAUGUCACUUCCAUGUUUCACAACAUUGUGUAAUAUGUUGCAGACAAAUUACGGUCUACAACCAACACUAAAUAUUAGCAUUGAAGAAAGUGUGGCUAUGUUUCUACGGAUAUGUGGGCACAAUGAAGUUCAAAGAGAUGUUGGUUUAAGAUUUGGCAGAAAUCAAGAAACUGUGCAGAGAAAAUUUAGGGAAGUUCUUACGGCUACUGAAUUAUUGGCAUGUGAUUAUAUCAGAACUCCAACAAGACAAGAACUUUAUCGAAUUCCUGAAAGACUUCAGGUAGAUCGGAGAUAUUGGCCAUAUUUUAGUGGAUUCGUUGAAGCUAUGGAUGGAACUCAUGUAUGCGUAAAAGUAAAGCCUGAGUUACAAGGAAUGUAUUGGAAUCGACAUGAUAAUGCAUCAAUGAACAUAAUGGCAAUAUGUGAUUUGAAUAUGUUAUUCACAUAUAUUUGGAAUGGAGCACCUGGAUCAUGUCAUGAUACAGCUGUUUUGCAAAUGGCACAACAAAGUGAUUCUGAAUUUCCUUUACCUCCGUCAGAGAAGUAUUAUCUUGUUGAUUCUGGUUAUCCAAACAAACAAGAGUUUUUGGCUCCUUAUAGAUCAUCACGAAACCGAGUUGUGAGAUAUCAUAUGUCACAAUUCUAUUCUGGUCCUCCUCCAAGGAAUAAACAUGAACUGUUCAACCAAUGUCACGCAUCUUUACGUUCGGUUAUCGAGAGAACUUUUGGAGUUUGGAAGAAAAAAUGGAGGAUUAUUUCUGAUUUCCCAAGAUAUAAUGUUCACAUUCAAAAAAGAGUAGUAAUGGCUACAGUGGGAUUACAUAAUUUCAUCAGAAUUUCAAAUUUCUCAGAUGCAGAUUUUGCAGAUGUAAUGACAGAAACAAAUAUAAACAACGGUGAUUUUGAGCAUGAUGUAUGUGACAUGGAUGCAACAGAGUUAGCAGAUGGAGAAUAUAUGACGCAAAUAAGAGACAAUAUUGCAAAUAUGUUAUGGGGAAAUCAAAAUAAUAGAUAAUACUUUUUUAAUAUGUUGUACUUUUUUUUUAUGAUGAAACUAUUCAACGGUUUUAACAAUAUGUAUGUUAAAAAAUUAAAUUUAUAUUUUGAUCAAUUUGUGUAUUAACGGUUU